GUGCUGGAGGAGCUCCACUCAGUCAUGAGAGAAGACCUCAGCAGAAACAACCUGAUGCGUAGAAUGUGACAACGAACCUGCGGAGUUUUUGCGACCCCCUCAUCUUUAUUGCCACCUUUCCUGCGUGUUUGCGACUGGCGUUGAGUCGAAACCAACAUGGAGCCGAUAACGAAGUGGUCGCCGAAGCAAGUCGUUGACUGGAUGAGAGGUCUAGACGAUGGUCUUCAACAGUAUGUGAACAACUUUGAGCGGGAGAAGAUCAGCGGAGAGCAGCUACUGAAGAUCAGUCAUCAGGACCUGGAGGAACUUGGUGUCGCCAGGAUCGGUCACCAGGAGCUGGUUCUUGAAGCUGUGGACUUGCUCUGUGCUCUGAACUACGGCGUAGAGACAGACAACCUGAAGAACUUGGUUGUGAGGAUGCGGACCGCCACCAACAGCCUCCACACGACGACAACGGAUCGCAGGAAGAGCCCGGUGUCCGACAGCAGCGUGUCUCGCAAACCCCCCAAUGACUUCCUCACCUCAGUGGUAGAGCUGAUCGGAGCGGCCAAAAGCCUGCUGGCCUGGCUUGACAGGACGCCUCUGACGGGGAUCAGUGACUUCACGGCCACCAAGAACAAGAUCAUCCAGCUGUGCCUGGAGCUCACCACCACAGUUCAACAGGACUGCAGUGUUUAUGAGAUGGAAGAAAAGAUCCUGGAUGUUUCGAAGAUCCUGAACAACAUUUGUGACCAGACAGUGAGGACGACCUCCGACCCCCUGAUGAGCCAGUCUGCCUGCUUGGAGGAAGUCCAGCUGAGCAACAUCAAACCCGGCGAGGGUCUGGGAAUGUACAUCAAAUCCACCUAUGAUGGCUUGCAUGUCAUCACAGGGACUACAGAACAUUCUCCUGCUGACCUCUCCAGAAAGAUCCAUGCUGGGGAUGAAGUGAUCCAAGUCAAUCAACAGACCGUGGUGGGCUGGCAGCUGAAGAACCUGGUCGCCAAGCUGAGGGAAGACCCCAAAGGUGUGGUUCUCCUCCUGAAGAAGAGACCCACAGGCACGACAGGUUUCACCCCCGCUCCUCUCAAGAACAUGCGCUGGAAGCCCCCGGUACCUCAGAACAACUCCGCUCUGAUCCGAGCUCAGUCCCCGUGUGGUUCUGCUAACGGCUCAGCAAAGAAGGAGAAACCAGCCAUACUGGACUUCUACAUUCCUCCUCCACCCUCUGUGCCGUACACGCCACGUGAGGAGAGGACCGACCCAUUAUCUAGCUACAGCAAACGACCAAAAGGCUCUGAGUCUCCAAACUCUUACCUGGACCAGGAGAGCCGGCGCCGCUGCACCACCCAAGAGUUUGACAAACCAAAUAUGGGGUGUCAUAUCGAGACCAAUGUGGUCCAGCCGAGGAUGAGAGAGCACCGGGCAUCUAGGGGUAAGCCACGCCCACUGUCGAUGCCGGUUGACACCAGUUUUGGAAUCACAGACCCUUAUGCCAAACCCUGGAUGCAGAGCAGAAAAGGUGACGAUCUCCUGUACAGAUACCUGAGCAAUGAGCGCAUCCCCACAAUCGCCGAAGAAGCUCCCGCAGCGUCGACCCCCUACAGGCCCACAGGAGAGCGACACCUCAUCAGAGUGGACCACAUUCGGGGCAGCCGCUACUACUCCAACUCUGAGCUGCACAACAGUGCCACCAUCCCUUAUCAGGACGAUAUUAAAAAGGCCCCGGUAGCCUCCAAGCGCGCUUCGGCUGAACGUUCCCUACUGGGACCCGACUGGCACUCCAGCAGUGACUUCCUCAACCGGUAUAAUCAGCCCCAUAUACGAUCCUGGUCCUUCUCUCAAGCAGCUGCCUUCCCCAUAUCUGUGUCUGCGUCCAUGGCAGCUGAUGACUACAACCCUGUUUCACUUCGGCAUAAAUCCAAAAAGAAGAGCCGUGGAGGAAAUGGUACAAUGAGCAGAAGGCGGAUCUCUGUCAAAGAGCUAGGUCACCCAGACCACCAGGGCUGGCUCUACCGAAAGAAGGAGAGCAAAGCCUUUCUGGGGAUGAAGUGGAAGAAGUACUGGUUUGUCUUGAAGAGGACGUCUCUGUACUGGUACACCAACCAGCUGGCGGAGAAAGCAGAAGGCUACAUCGACCUCACCAACUUCAUGAUCGACCGAGCCAUCGAGUGCAAGAAGAAGCAUGCUUUCAAAGCCUGCCACCCACAAGUCAUGAUGUUCUACUUUGCUGCCGAAAACCACGAGGAAAUGAACUUAUGGUUGAAUAAACUUGGACUUGCCUCGAUUAAGUACGAGCCGGUGGAACGGAGCACUGUAGCAGAGUGUUACAGUGAGGCAAGUGACCAUGAGGAGUCUGAAAGCACAGAGAUCCCCCCUCCGCCAUACUCUGAACAAACUCUCAGGGACUCAGUGGAUGCAUCAGGUCCACUAGGGAGCACAAAUCAGGGAACUCUUCCACCGCCGUACUCGGCCGCAGUUGCCAGGGAAGCCAACGGCUCCCUGUCAUCCCCCAUGAGCACGAUGACGUCACAGAGCUCCGCCUCCUCCCUCACCAAGAACCGCCAGUCCUGGUUGGACCUCGUGUCACAGGCCACGCCUCCUGCUGGGGAGAUGGUGUGCUCAGUCCAGGUUCACUCGCCUCAGCCUACACCUGAGGAAGAGGACGAGGACGACGUCUCUCUGCAGUCGGGGAGUUCGGGGACGACCAACUUGGAGGCUUCUGCUCCGGAGGAGGAGGGACGGAGGAGUGUUGUAGGAGCUGGAGAUGAAGGUCUUCAGAUGAACAACACCGAUGAGAUGGAGAAGCUCUACAUCGACCUGAAACAGGCCAGCCUCUCCCCCAUUGGCGAUCGGAAGCCUUCCACCAAGCGGGAAUUCAGAGCCUCGUUUGUGAGACGCUGUAAAGACCAGACUGUGAAUGACAAACUGCACCUGAUCAGGACACUCAACAGCACAUUGAAGUCUAAAGAGGCCGACCUGCAGGCGAUCGAGCAGGUGCUGUCAGACCAAGCUCUUACCUCGACCAAGUUCAGAGAGUGGAAGGAAGCCAACGCACCGCUCGUGCAGGAGAUCCACGAAAGAGGCUGCCAGCAGGGGGCGCCAGAUGCCACACCAGACGCUGCGCCAGCCACUGCCGCGUCACUUGUGGAAACGAGUUUAUAGAGAAAAAAAAACAACACUCCAGACUGGACUCGAACACUGUCGCUUUUUUUUACUGUGUGUUUUAGAUGUUCCAAUGUGAAAUAUGAGUAUUACUUCUUAUUUUAUAACUAAACGUGUUCUGCCUUUUACUGCUGUGAAUAGUUUUUAUACUUGCAAAGUGUAUUUGUGACUCUUAAUAUUUUAUGCUACUUUCAUGAAACUGCUGUUAGUGAAUAUUAGUGUUCACGCCAAUUUCAAACAUCUGCCAUUGUGACUCAGUAUGUUAAAAUCCCUUUAUCAGUGAGGAAUAAAGUUGAGCUUUUAGUUGUAUACUGUUAUCCACACAGUAGUCUCCAACUUGAUCACCACAUUUCUUAGAAAGAUAAGUUGGUAGACAGUAAUCCAAUUAUCUUAAAUGAGGGGGUAGUGAUGAUGACUCUCAGGAAAAGGACACUGAUUCUAAUAUAAUAAGAUAAUAAGAUCCAUCACACUAUAAUGUCAAAGGGUCUGAGAUUUGAACCGGCAACAUUUGGAGCCCCAAGCCAUGCUCUGCUGUUGUUUUCAAUUAGAAUACUCCACAUGUCAGUGUUAAUAUUUGUACAGGGAAAUGUGAAGUCAAUGUUUUCUGUUACUGUCUUUUGUACAGUAUGUGUACUUGUGAGGAAGUAAAAGUGUUGUAAUGUGCCUGAGCGAUUGCAUUGUGUGCUUGACGUCUGGUU